AUGACUGCUGCCACGCCGUUCGAGGUCAUCGACACGUUCCGGGUGAAGGAGUACCUCUGCCACCGCCUCCAGUUCCGCUUGCCGUUGGUGUACGCCACGGGAAACGCCCACGGCGGCGACACCAUCGCCGUGGUGUGCCAGGUGGUCCAGAAGUAUAACGACAGCGACGACUUUGCCAUUGGCGACAAUGCCAAGCUUGUGUGCUACCUCCAAGGCGGUCCGGGGGGGCUGUGCGCUCCGUUUAGCGGGGGCGGCUACGUCAAGGUGUUGGUGGACAAAGGGUACACGGUGGUGUUGAUGGACCAGCGGGGCACCGGGUGGCUGACCCCCAUCGAGCCGGCGACACUCUUGGCGCGGGCGGGCGCCGACGCCGACGCCCAGUUGCGCUACUUGCUCAACUUCCGCGCCGACCUGAUCGUCGACGACGCCGAGCGCAUCCGCCAGGCGCUCAUCGGCGCCGACCCGUGGACGCUCUUGGGCCAGCUGUACGGCGGCUUCUGCCUGUUCACCUACCUCUCCAAGUACCCUCAAUCGGUGACGGCGCUGUUGAUCACCGGCGGCGUGCCCCCCAUCGGGUUUACCGCCGACGACGUCUACGCCGCCACCUACGCCCGCACCGCCGAGCGCAACCGCCACUACUACCGCAAGUACCCCCAGGACGCGGCGCGCGUCCACCGCAUCUGCCGCUACUUGGCCAGCCACGACGUCGCCGUCCCCAACGGCGGCCGCCUCUCGGUGGAACGGUUCCAGCAGUUGGGCAUCCGUUUUGGUGCCUCCGGCGGCACUGACGCCGUCCACCACGUGGUGGCGAAGUUUGCCCACGACCUUGAGGUGUUGGGCCACCCCACCUACGAGUCGUUGUUAUCGGUGCAGAACCUGGUGUCGUUCGACACCCUGGUGCUCUACGCGCUAUUCCAGGAGAACAUCUAUAGUGACGGCGCCGGCGACGCCCAGCUGCCGCGGUGGGCGGCGCACCGGGCGCGCCCGGCGCUGUUUGUCUACCUGCCCGACCAAGACCACGUCCAGUUCACGGGGGAAAUGGUGUACCCGUUCAUGUACGACGACUACGCCGAGCUCCGCCCGCUUAAAGCCGUUGCUGAGCGCCUUAUGGCCUACGACGACUACUCGCCCUUGUACGACGUCGCCACGUUGCGCGCCACUUCGGUGCCCAUCGUCGCCGCCACCUACGUCUACGACCAGUACGUCGACUUUGACCUCACCCGCAAGGUGAAGGAGACGGUGUUUGGCGGCAACGGCAACUUGAAGCAGUACGUCACGCUGGAGUUCUUCCACAACGGCAUCGGCGCCAACCCGGAAAAGGUUAUCGGCACCCUUCUUCAGCUCCUCAAACAAGGCGAAGUCGACUAA